AUGUCUGAGCUCAAGGUUGGCGAUAACUUCCCCGAGGGUGUCUUCUUCACCUACAUCCCUCCCUCUCCUGAGAUUUCCGAGUUCUCUACUUGCGGUACUCCCAUCGCCUACAACGCCAGCCAGGAAUUCAAGAACAAGAAGGUCGUCCUUGUCUCUGUUCCUGGUGCUUUCACACCUACCUGCAGUGCCUCCCACGUCCCAUCUUACCUUGAGAACAUUGACAAGCUCAAGGCCAAGGGUGUUGACAAUGUCAUCGUUAUUGCCUACAACGAUCCCUUUGUCAUGAGCGGUUGGGCCAAGGCCAACGGUAUCCACGACGACUCAAUUCUCUUCAUGACCGAUGGUGGUGCCAAGUUCUCCACCAGCAUCGGCUGGAGCCUUGGUGAGCGAACUGGCCGUUACGCCAUCGCCAUUGACAACGGCAAGAUUGUCUACGCUUCCAAGGACGAGGACACCAAGAGCAUUGAGGCUUCUGGUGCCCAGGGUGUCCUGGCUCACCUGUAA